AUGCUGAACAAGUGGUGUGUUUAUCAGUGUUGAGCAUGAGUGACGUCUGUGGUGCUCACAGGUGUGUGUUUUGCAGCUGAAGCUCACCCCUUGAGGAGUGUUGAGCGUCAGCCCGGGCUGUGAGAGCUGUUUGCACCUUCAUAUCGCCGCCUCCCAGGUCCCUACCUGCCUGCGUGCCUCUUGACAUACAUUUACUUAUUUUUUCAUUUUUGACUUUAACGUAAGCCUUUAACCGCAGUCGGGAGCCUCUUCUCUCUUAGCUGCUUUGGGAGCCAAUCUGCUUAAGGGUAUCUGUCAAGUCAUACACGUGCUCAGAGUUGUGAUGAGGCAACAUGUUUCCUGCUUAUUGAAAGACUCACCUGCCCUCAAAACAAGACAUAUUCCAAGCCGCUCCCAUGCACUGCAGGCACAGAUUCAGCUGACCCACGAGAUCUACUAGGUGCAGUCAUAUGUGGAAAUUAUACUUUUUUUUUUGGGACAUGGAGUUAGUUAGGUAGCACUAUCACUUUUAAUAGGGAUCAACAGCUUUGGGGUGAGCAGGCUUGGCUGGAGCUGCUUACCGGAGCUGGUCACACACCAUAUGUUUGCCCAGUCGCAUAUGAGACUGUCACCACUGCCCUCAACUCCCUCAACCCCAACCAUUCUAACCGGUUUCACCGGCUUACCAUGGCUUUAGCAUCUGUGCAGUAAAUGUAGGGCAUAGCUGUUUGCUUGUCUGCCCGGUGGUUUAAACUAGUACACCCAAGCUGUGACUUUUAGUUGUAUUGGUUCGCUACACUGUGACACCAUCUCUGCAUGUCCACGAUGAGGCUGAGGUCCAGGAAUAGCGAAAGAAGGGAGAAACAAAGAGAGGAAGAGGUGAAAUUUGUGGAGACUGAAAUGAUUCCAAAGUCAGGAAAAUCUCCAGCAGACUCGAGGAAAAGUGUCGGCAUCCAUGAGUUUGCAGCACUUGCCAGAUCCUCCUUAAAUGGUAUCUCUCAGGCAGUGAGGGACCAUGUGACAAAGCCCACCUCCCUGGCUCAGGGCCGGGUCGCCCAUCUCAUUGAGUGGAAAGGUUGGCCAAAACCUGCUGACCCACCACCGGCCGCCCACUCCCACUUUAGCUCCUACUGCCAUCUGACUGAAGGAGAGAAGGAGGCCCGGUUUGCUGCAGGAGUGGCUGAGCAGUUUGCCAUCGCUGAGGCUAAGCUGCGUGCCUGGGCGUCUAUGGAUGACGACGACGAGGAAGACUCCAACGACGAGGACUCCCACACCAACGGACAGACACACACCUUCUCCAGCCAGAGCUCAGACGGCGCCACAUCCAGUCCUAUCACCGGAGCGCCGUGCCAGCCUGAGGUUGAUGGCGGCGAGGCACCGCCCUCCGAUAGUCCCCUGGGAUGCAGCAGUAGCAGCAGUCUGCUCUGUGGUAGGCCUGCGUCUCACAAUGACCCACAUUUAUCCCAGACCAAUUCACCUACUUUACCCAGCGACUGCAUGAGUCCAUUCCUGGAGGAGGAAGAGGAGGAGGAGGAGAGGCUAGAUGAUCACGAGGAGCAGCCGGCGCCUUUGCGGGAGCAGCGCAGCGAGGUCUGCAUCCACCACAAGCCUGAGUGGAGGCCCCGGGCCAGGAGCAGCAGGUUCGACUCCUGCUACUCCACCUCUCAUUCCGAGUCUCCUGGAGAGGAGGAUGAGGAGGACGAGGAGGAGGAAGGCAGCGUGUUUCAUGAGGUCCCAGUGUGGCAUUGCAGCCCCAGAAGCUUCUUCUCUGACCGGGCUUCCUCUGGUGUGGCGUCAUUCGAUGAAGAGGAGAGGGAUGAAGUAGAUGAGAAGAAGGAGGAGAAAGAGUUUUUGAUGUGAUGUGUUGUCCAUCUUUAUGUCUCUUUGAGUCCGUGUUGAUUCUGGAUAUGACAUAAUCUAUCUGCUUUCACUGUUAACCUCUCUCCACCUCCUCCUCUUCCUCUUCUCCUUCCUCUGAUCAUCUCUACUCCACUCGCUGCCUUCUGUCUCUCAUCCUCCAGGCCUUUCAUGUACUGAUCCUGCUCCGUUUAUGGCUGCUGCAAACAGUGUGUGUAUAUAUAUAUAUAUAUAUAUAUAUAUAUAUAUAUAUCAGAGAGUUCAACCAGAAUGUAAAGCUGUUGUUCAAACUGAGUUUUGUACAUUUUUGUGAAGAGUCAUGUGUUGCUAUUGCGUUGGUUUUCUAUGGAUAUUUUGUAGUGUUGUUAUUUCUGGGUCAUGCUGUGUCAUGUGGGUUGGGCUACGUUUGAUACUGAAUGUCUGAAUGUCCUGCAUACCAGAAUAUAAAUAUGAUUUUUUUGAAA